AUGGCUUACACUCGCGCAGGUCACCACGACCUAAACGCAUUGGGCAAUCCUAAUGGCCACACGCAAGGGCAACCUGCGCCUGGUCAGCACGCAUACAGUCAGCAUCCCGAGUAUCAGGUCCAGCAUGCAUCAAUCGCUGGACAAGGUGGAUGGGGUAGCAGCCAGCAUCAGCUCAGCGACCCCGCUCAGACUGUCGCUCAUAGUGGAGUCACCAUGUCCGGACAACCAGCAGCACAAAUGCAAGAUGGUGGUGUGGUCCUGAUGGAUUCUUUUGGCAACCAGACCGGCUACUGGCCCCCUCCUCAAGCACCGAGGCUGACCGCGGCUGCUCCACGAGGCGGUGCGCGCAACAUGUGGAGCGCUGCCUGGCAGAAUCAUCCCUCGAACAGUGCUUACUUGCCCCAGCAGCGUCGGACACCGUGGGCUGCCGAUUCGUGGAAUCAAAUGCACACAACGACCCAUCCCAGUACGGCAGGGUACUACCAGAAUCAAGGCGCUCAGUACCAGCAUCAAUCUCUACUUCACGAACAGCUUCGAAAGCUGCAACAGGAUGCUGACGCCCAGCUGCCCCAGCAGCAGUCGUCCCAUCUACCGCUUUCUGAGGCCUGGUCGCAAGCGCCCCACAACGUAGCCAAUCCCGCUUAUUCUCAUAUGCUCUCACAAAACCAACACCAGAUACCCGCGGCUCACCAGUCCUAUCCGACACAAUCUCGGAUCGCACCACAGAGCGCUCAUCACCCAUCCGUUGACGUCCAUCUGAAUAGCCUGACGCAGCCUCAGCAUCUGCCUUACCACUACUCGGCGGAUGGCAAUGCGUAUCCUGCGGGACACGCCCAAUCUCAUACAGCCCUGCAACCUGCGGCCAUGGGCCACACUACCUCGACAUAUCCUGUGUCACAACAUGCUCCAGCUUACCAAUCGCAAUGGCCAUUAGCAGACGCGCAGAUUUCAGGACCGCAGUCAUAUGCGCGCCCUGAUGCUGAUGGGUUCGGCACAGCCUACCAGCCCCAGCCAUCGUCGCAUCAAGGUACGAUGUCCAUGGAGCAGCUAAGCGCCAUGGGCCCAUCCACAUGGAAUCGACCUGCUCCGCCAAAUUGGCAGGUGCAGCCUGAGCAUGCGAGUCAAGCUCACUUCCCGCCUAGGCCCCAUGACUGGAAUGGCACGGCUCCCACAGACCCAAGGCGAGGUAGUGACCAACAAGUCAUGAACGUGCCUGCGCCACCUCCUUCAGCCGAACAGGAGCGAAUUGCUCCGCCCGCAGACGGUCCCGCUCCGCCCUCUCCCGCCACGCUGGAUAAGUCAGCUUGCCCACUGUCUGCCAUGGGCGCCGAGAUCAUUUGGGGAGCGAGUGCGGCACUCUUCGAUCCUGUAUUGAUCUCUACCCAGUACGAGUUGCCGCAGCAGCGAGGGCGCGCAACAAGCUCCGCGCAAAGCAGUCCUCUGCUUGCAACGCCGCAGAUGUCGCCAAAUCUCUCAUCCUUCGCAUCUUGGACCAAAGCGGAGGCUACCAGCGGGCCAGCGCUAAAGGCCGCAGCGACGCAUGAGCUAAGCAAAUCGCCUCAGCACCGCAGUUGGAACACAGGACUAACAGGGGAGCUCAACACAGCGCCAGUCAGCUUGCUCCAUCGUUUGGCUGUGGAAGGCGCUGGUGCUGCCAGUGCUGCACUUGCUGCGAGUCAGAAGCCUGGCGUUUAUCACCGCGAGAGUGGUGACAGCUCGACAGGAAGCAAUUCCAGCACCAGCGAGCCAGGAACGCCGCCAUCCAUCGACGAGUCCGACCUUGGCAUUCGAGCUUCGCCCAAAAGUCGAAUGGACAUGUCUGUUGGGGCAGAUGAAAGAGCUGCUCCACCUUCCUCCGAAGAAUCUCUGAAUGCCGGCGCCGCAAAUACGAAGACAGGCUCGUCUGCUACGCCUUCCAUGCGGCAACAAGGAGAUAGAUCGAAGCAAGCGAUCCUUGCGGUUUUAGGCUUGGUUUCUCCGUAUUGGAAGUGGAGCGUCAAUGACGAUAAGCUUUCCUCGGUCAUUACCGCCAAUGUAUCCUCCAGGACCGGGACCAGGGACGGCUCACCCACUGCAGUGCCCAUGACAGCCACGCGCACUCGUCGCAGCUCCAGCACAUACAGCUCUCGUCACGCCGGGCAUUCCGGAGCCAUGCCUGGCGCUGACGUGAGUCCAGCAUUUCGACGCUUUUGCCAGCAAGUCUUGGCACAGACGCUCCUCAGUCCAACCGCUUUCCUGCUCGCCAUCCUGUACGCGGUGCGCGUCCCGUAUCUGUUCAGGACGAGCGACGCUUUGCUCUGCGACGAAGGUCGCGAAAUUUUUGCCAACCCACCUUCCGCUGCGCCCUUCAAGCUGUUCACCUUGGGGUUGAUGUUAUCCAACAGUGAGUGAAAAUGGAAGCGCGUGUAUCCGCGGCCGCUGACCACGUUUCGGCUCCCACUACAGAAGUCAUCGAGGACAACACCUUCCUGAACAAGACCUGGUGUGAUGUUACUGGGAUUCCGCUCGCUGAGUUGAACCGCAUGGAGAGCGUCUAUCUGUCCAAAUGCGGCUAUGAAGUAGCGGUGCCCCACACGGUGUGGGUGGCUUACCUGAGGCGGAUACGCGCCAGGGAAGAACAGAAGCUCAACGUGCUGCCCUUCCUUGGAGCUCGUCGUCUGUCGCGUGGACGGAUGUCGGCUGGCAGUCCUGCGGGCCAGGACCAAGUUCUGUUGUCGCCUUCGGGUGGUGCAAGUACUCUUGAAUCUUCGAGACGCUUCCUGGUUGCGAUCGAGGAUUGUCUUGGUGCCCUCGGUGAACUGCACGAGGCGCCCGUGGAGGAGCCUGGGAUGAUGGACGUCACACAUCCAGCCGACGAUAGCUCAGACGACAGGACUCCCCGGGACGGGCCUUCGGCUUCUUCGGACAGCUGGUUCACGACAAGAUACGGCAUAGACUCACGAACCGAAGCUGGGCGUAUGCAGCGCCCCGUAGCUGCUCUGCAAGCUGCUCAUCAGCACUGCCGCUCUGCUCCAGCAGCUGCUCUUCAUUUCCGAUCUCCUUCGCAAAUCAGCCCAACGACUACUUCCCACGACUUCGAUGACGUCUUUGAUGAUGACUGCUCGCCGAUUCGCCCGCGCAACGCAUCUUCGCGGGGUGCGUUGACGAGCACGAAAGUUGCGCAUCCGUUGGCACACGCUGCUCGACCAAGUCUGGAUGUAAAUCUGACUAGAUCGCAUUCGGAUUGGUCUGAUGGGCUCGCUAGCUUUGCCAGAGUUGCUCCGGCGCACCUGACCAUGGGCCCUAAUCAGCAAGACCAAGGCGCCAUUUCUCAAAUCACCUCCCAUGCAGAGGCUCCUUUGGCACCUGGCAUUUUGCUCGCGAUGCUCAAUCAGUUGUAG